AUGUUAAAUAUACGUAAAGGAGAAGUAGCUCAUCUUAGUAAAGCUAUUCAAUGCUUUUUUUUUGGUUAUAUUGAUGAUUCAAUAGCGUAUAAUACACAAUAUAGUAUAUUAAAGUGGUUAAAAUCAUAUAGUUUACAUAAUGGGCCUGGAGAAGCUAUUAAACUUAUAAUAAUGGUUAUUGCUUUAAUUUGUGUAUCAGGAACAACAGAUUAUUUCAGAUCAAAUGUAUUAUCAAAUAUUCUUAAAGGUAUAUUUUAUCCUGCAGCUUUUAUUGGAAAUAUAGUUUGGUCAUGGCCAGAAGGGGAGUUGGGAUUUUUCAAUUUUAUAUUAGCGCUGAUUGGUGGUGUCAUAGCAGCAAUUAUUAGUUUUUUUGUGUACAAUUAUAUAUAUGUGUUGAUAUACAAGCAUGGGCAUAAAUUCAAAUGCGAAAAAAUUGCAUAUCAUCUUCUUGUCAAAGUCUUAGAUGAUCCUUAUAGUCCAAGUCUCUUUAUUUGGUGGUUGCAAUGGACAUAUGAUUUUAUAAUGGGAGGUGUCAAAAUCUUUGAGUGGAGUAUCUUAUUGUUCAUUGGAUUUAUCAUUAACGCAUGUUAUGACGUGUUUGAAGAUGCUUAUUAUAAUUCUGCACCAAGAUUUCGUGAAGUGGUAUAUUAUAAUGACGAAGAGGUGCCAAAAUUUCGGGGAAUAUGCGCUAUUAGUUACAUAAGAGCGGAUAAAACUCAAUCAACAUUUGUUUUGGCAGAAAAAGUUUCAAAGAAACUAAGUUGUAAAGUUUUUUGGUUAGACGCUCUAUGUAUAAAUCAAGAAGAUCCUAAUGAUAGACAUUCACAAUUAGUAGCAAUGUCAGAGAUAUAUAGACAAGCUUCAUAUGUUAUUGUCUUGUUGGAACAAAGCGAUUUUGGGUAUGGACCAGGAUUCAUGUUAAAUAAAACAGCAAUCUUAAACCUUAAACGUUGGACUCAAGAUGUGUGGACAGCACAAGAGCACUUAAUUGGUAAUAUUGUAGUAUUUUGUGAUAAAAAUGGAUCGGUUAUUACUGAAAAUAAUAUUUUAGCAUUAUUAGAGGAUGCCAAGCAAAAUGGUGAUAUAGAAGCAGCCGAAAUGCUCCCGAUUUUCUAUAGAGUGAGAGAAUGUAGAAAUAGACGUGCCGUAAGUCUAGGUGAUGCAUGGUAUUUAAUUUCAGACAGGUUAACUGAUGAUCCACAAAACUAUAUAUUCGGCAUGCUUGGAAUAUUACACCCAAUGAUUAGGCAUCACUUUAUUCAUGGUAGUAGAUUUGUGAAUUUUGAAGAUGGAAUGCAACAAAUAUUAAGAUUAUCAUGUGAAAGAGGUGAUGUUUCUUGGUUACAUUUAGUUGGAAAAAAACCAUAUUCACCAGGAAAAUGUAAUUUGCUAGUACCGACUCCUGGGCAGAAACAACACUUUGAUGUAGAAUAUACCCGUUCAGGUGCAUCAGGUUGGAAGAUAGAAUAUUAUAAUAAUGGUAUUAGGACGUCAGCUGUGCAUGGUAUUAUUUGCGAAUUUGACAUGGAUAAACAAAUAAUAGGAAUUGAGAAUUAUGGAAAGGUGAUAUUCCAAGGAUCUUUUACAUUGUUGCAAGGUGAAAAAUUAUCGUUAGGAAUGAAUGUUUAUUUGGUUGCGUAUUUAGUAUAUUUGUACGCCUUCGAUCAAGAUGAUAAAUUUGCAAUAGUUAAGCAAGAACUUAAUGGCGAAACACAUUUGAUAGGUACAGUUAAAGGAAGGUAUUCUGGACCUUUAUACCCACACCAGUGGGUAUCAAUUGCAUAG